CCCUGUUUAAAAAGUUUGAUGACCCCUGCCCUAAGACAUGUCCUUCUCUGCUGAGAGAGGGUUGAAUUUAUUAGUUCCUGCACAUUACCAGCUGGCCUACUCUUCAGCUUCCAGAAGUCCUCUUUUUAGGGCAGUUUGCUUUUCUGAUGAUAAAGUAAUGCAUGCUCAUUGAGAAAUUUUUAAGUUAAACAGAGAACACAAAAUAAAAUGAAUUUUCCUAAUUCCAUCCUCCUCCCUCUUCCCAGUAAAGACUGUAGCAGUGUGACAUUUCAUUUUACUAUUUUGUUUGCAGCGCUUCCACUCCAUAGAUGGAGAUUUAGUGUCUAUUCAGUCACCCUUCUCUGAACAGUUUUGUGAGUGUUUCUACCCCAUAAAGUCCUUGGGAGAGAAAUGGGGCAUGGAGCCCCAGGUGUGCACAUGACUGCUUUGGAAUGUCUGCAGGUCACUUAAUUUUCAAAUUGUUCCCAUUUUUCAGUUCUCUGAAUAAAAGCCUUUUCCAGCCUCUGUUUUAUAUAAGUGGUUUUAUUUUACCCUAUUGUGAUUUCUAGGUAUUGCUAUGAAGACUAUUAACAUUGUAUACAAAAUGGCUAGUUACUCUGAUUUUCAAGUACCUUCAGAUUUUGAAGGGGAUGCAAACUGCAGUCUGAGAAGUUAACUCCUUUUAGUUUUGGCAUGAAUCAUAGGACACCACCCUACCCCGCUGGGGAUUACUGUCUUCUAUGCAGAAGUGAACGGAAAGAUUCUUCAUUCUUAGAGAGUGGAAUUAAGACUGCGAGCAAACUGGCCCUUUCCAUGGCUCCCAAGGGCAACAGCGUGCUGCACCUGCCGCUGUGGGUGUGCCCAGACUGCCGCAGGACUGUGGAGAAGGAGGAGAGGCACGGUGGCCUUGACCAGCCAGUGCAGGGCCAAGACUUCCUUCUUCACUCCCCGCUUGGUAGCUCUCAGCCGGAGGCCAGCAGUGGUGGGAGGCUAGCUCUGGGCACACAGACGCUUCCCCCGGACACGGCGUGCUCAUGCGAGGCCUGCAGUGAGCGCAGGUGUGUGCCACACCACUCAUGCCUGUCCACAGUGACAUACAGAGAAAUUUCUGCAGAGUCAGACCGGGAACCUCAGCAGCUGCAGAACUACUGGUCAGAAGUGCGUUACAUGGUUCGCUGCAUAUAUCGCCAGGCAGGGACCCCACUGGCAGAUGACCAGGACCAGUCUCUGGUCCCUGACAAGGAGGGAGUGAAGGAGCUCGUGGAUAGGCUCUGUGAGAGGGACCCCUACCAGCUGUACCAGCGACUGGAGCAGCAAGCCCGAGAGUAUGUGCUGGAGAUGAAGGUCCGCCUGCUCCGACAGCUGUCAGCUGCAGCAAAGGUGAAGGCACCGUCUGGCCUGCAAGGCCCACCACAGGCACACCAGUUCAUCUCCCUCCUGCUUGAGGAAUAUGGUGCCCUCUGCCAGGCGGCACGCUCCAUCAGCACCUUCCUUGGUACUCUGGAAAAUGAACACUUGAAAAAGUUCCAGGUGACUUGGGAAUUGCAUAAUAAACACCUGUUUGAAAAUCUGGUCUUUUCGGAGCCACUUCUCCAGAGCAACUUGCCAGCACUGGUAUCUCAGAUCAGGCUAGGAACUACCACGCAUGACACCUGCAAUGAGGACACGUAUAGCACCUUAUUGCAGAGGUACCAGCGCUCUGAAGAAGAGCUACACAAAGUCGCCGAGGAGUGGCUGGAGUGCCAGAAGAGGAUCGAUGCCUAUGUGGAUGAGCAGAUGACAAUGAAAACCAAACAGCGCAUGUUAACAGAAGACUGGGAGCUUUUUAAACAAAGAAGAUUCAUUGAAGAGCAGUUAACUAAUAAAAAAGCAGUGACUGGUGAGAACAACUUUACGGAUACCAUGAGGCACAUGUUGUCAUCCCGGCUGAGCAUGCCUGACUGCCCCAACUGCAACUACAGGAGAAGGUGUGCUUGCGAUGACUGCAGCCUCUCACACAUCCUCACUUGCGGUAUCAUGGAUCCACCUGUCACUGAUGAUGUCCACAUUCACCAGCUCCCACUCCAGGUGGACUCUGCUCCUGACUACCUCCCGGAGAUGCGCCCACCGAGUGUAUCUUCAGCAAGCUCAGGGUCAGGCUCUAGCUCACCCAUCACGGUUCAGCAACACCCCAGGCUCAUCCGCACAGACAGUGGCUCUGCACCAGCUUUUUGCAGUGAUGAUGAGGAUAUGGCACCGCUGUCAGCUAAAUUUGCUGACAUUUACCCAUUGAGUAGCUAUGAUGAUGCUGAGGUGGUGGCCAGCAUGAAUGGAAUCCACAGCGAGUCCCACAGCAGUGGGGGAGGCGUGGCCCUAAAAGAGGAGUCUCCUCAGGUGAGCAGCACCAGUAGUAGUUCUUCGGAAGCUGACGAUGAAGACGCAGACGGUGAGAGUAGCGGGGAGCCCCCAGGUGCCCCAGGUGAAGACGGGGACCCAGGAAACAGGAGCCCCCGGGGUGAGGGGAGUAAGGCGGACAGUCCACUCCCAUCUCACCCAGCACAGCAGGCUGAACAAGCUCCAAACACUUGUGAAUGUCAUGUUUGUAAACAAGAAGCUUCUGGACUGACACCAUCUGCAAUGACAGCUGGAGCCCUUCCUCCUGGCCAUCAGUUCAUGACCCCAGAGAAACCUACACACCCCGCACUGCAUCUUUACCCCCACAUCCAUGGACAUGUGCCUUUGCACACUGUCCCACACCUGCCACGCCCCCUUAUCCACCCCACCUUGUACGCAGCACCUCCCUUCACACACAGUAAGGCUUUACCGCCAGCACCUGUUCAGAAUCACACAAAUAAGCAUCAGGUAUUCAAUGCAUCUCUUCAAGACCAUAUUUAUCCGAGCUGUUUUGGGAAUACUCCAGAGUGGAAUAGUUCUAAAUUUAUAAGUCUUUGGGGAUCAGAAGUGAUGAAUGAUAAGAACUGGAAUCCUGGCACUUUCUUGCCAGAUACAAUUUCUGGGAGUGAUAUAUUAGGGCCAACACUCUCAGAAACAAGACCUGAAGCCCUUCCACCUCCGUCUAGCAGUGAAACACCUGCAGUUUCGGAUAAAGAGAAAAAAAAUGCUGCAAAAAAGAAAUGUCUGUACAAUUUUCAAGAUGCUUUUAUGGAAACAAACAAAGUUGUCAUGGCCACCUCAUCAGCCAUGUCCUCCGUGUCCUGCACAGCUACCACAGUGCAGUCGAGCAACAGCCAGUUCAAAGUGUCGUCCAAGAGACCUCCUUCAAUAGCCAUUGGCCAUGACUCUCGGUCUCUCGAUGCAGGCGAUGUCUUUCAUGGCAUCAACAAGGAGGAUCAUAGACACUCGGCACCGACAGCCCCAAGGAACAGCCCCACGGGCCUGGCCCCGCUCCCAGCACUCUCUCCUGCUGCACUCUCGCCUGCCUCCACCCCUCACCUUGCAAAUCUUACAGCCCCAUCAUUCCCCAAAGCUGCAACCACAGCUCCCGGGUUUGUGGACACACGCAAAAGCUUCUGUCCCACUCCCCUGCCCCCCACCACAGACGGCUCCAUUAGUGCCCCUCCUAGUGUCUGCAGUGACCCUGACUGUGAAGGACACCGCUGCGAGAAUGGUGUCUAUGACCCGCAGCAGGAUGACGGGGAUGAGAGUGGGGACGAGGACAGCUGCUCUGAGCAUAGCUCCAGCACCUCGACCUCCACCACCCAGAAGGAGGGCAAGUACUGUGACUGCUGCUACUGCGAGUUCUUCGGGCAUGGUGGGCCUCCAGCUGCACCAACAAGUAGGAAUUAUGCAGAAAUGAGAGAGAAGCUUCGUUUACGGCUGACCAAGAGGAAAGAAGAGCAGCCUAAAAAAAUGGAUCAGAUCUCGGAAAGGGAAAGUGUCGUUGACCACCGAAGGGUAGAGGAUUUGUUACAGUUUAUAAACAGCUCAGAGACCAAACCAGUAAGCAGCACUCGAGCAGCCAAGCGAGCAAGGCAUAAGCAGAGAAAGCUGGAAGAGAAAGCUCGCCUAGAAGCUGAGGCCAGGGCCCGGGAGCACCUGCACCUCCAGGAGGAGCAGAGGCGUCAGGAAGAGGAAGAGGAAGAGGAGGAGGAAGAGGAACAUUUCAAGGAGGAAUUUCGCCGGCUUCAGGAGCUUCAGAAGCUAAGAGCUGUAAAAAAGAAGAAGAAGGAGAGGCCAAGUAAAGACUGCUCCAAGUUGGACAUGCUUGCUAGAAAUUUUCAGGCAGCAACAGAGUCUGUCGCUAACUCUGAAAACACCCACAAUGGCUCACUGGAGCAAACUGAAGGACCAGAAACCACCUCCUGCUCCCCUUCCAGACACAUGAAUCAUACAGAGCCCAGGCCAGGGCCAGGAAGCGACAGGGACAUUGCAGACCCCAUCGACAACAGAGACUCCAAACCUCUCCUCCCCAAAGAGGUCAGUGGGAAGCAGCAUGAGCCACUCUCUUUUUUCUUGGACAUAAUGCAUCAUCAUAAAGAGGGAAACAGCAAACAGAAGCUAAAGCAGACCAGUAAGGCCAGCAGUGAGCCAGCACGGAAGCCCAUGGAGUCCCCCAAAACCACAGAGGGACAGCCCAAACCCAGGGCCCAGACUGAGUCAAAGGCUAAAGUGGUUGACCUCACUUCCCUCACAGAACAGAAAAAAGAAGAGAGAAAAGUCAGCAGUAAUAACAGUAACAAAAAGCAGCUGAACCAUGUCAAGGAGGAAAGGUCAAAUCCAGUACCUGCUGAGCCCGCCUCUCCCAGCGAGCUUCAGCAGAACAACAAGCUGCUACUGGCAGAUUCUCCUCAGCCAAAAGGCAGGAACAAGAAAAAUAAGAAGAAGAAAGGAGACAGAGUCAGCAAUUCGAUUGAUGAUGUCUUUCUGCCUAAAGAUAUUGACCUAGACAGUGUGGAUAUGGAUGAGACAGAGAGGGAAGUGGAAUAUUUCAAAAGGUUCUGCUUGGAUUCUGCUAGACAGACUCGACAAAGACUGUCCAUCAACUGGUCCAAUUUUAGCUUGAAAAAAGCCACCUUUGCUGCCCACUGAAUGAGGCCUGCCUGGAGAGGGACGUGCGCGAGGCGGGCUAGGCUGCGCCACCCCCAGAGCCAAGCACAUUGCUGGCCCCCCAGAGCCAGAGCUCGCCCAGGGUUGUUGGGGCGGGCGCUGCUGCCUGAGACCCCAGACCAAGAACUUGCUGCUCAGCCCACGCUGUUAGCUUGUGUGCGUGUAGUCUGUGCGUGAGACCCCUUCGAUUGUAGCUCUGUGCCGUCGGAUUGGAACAGUAGUUCGCACCAAGUCCUCCCACCACUGCGGCCUCGGAGGCCUGGGCUGUGGCCAGAUACAAGUUUGCAUCAUCCACGUGGCUCCGUCGCCUCUGCAUCACGCCCUGUCCUGUCAUCUGUCCUCACCGGAUGUUGGCCAUCACUCAACUCUCGUGUGCCCCUGCGUCCACCCGAGGCGGGCUGGGCGGGGCAGGCUUCCUUCGUUCUUCUCCACAAUCUGCUGUUCAGAGUGUACACGUUGCGCUGUCUGUGUUUGAUCCCCCUGACUUGUAGCCAGCUUGUGUAAGAUCCCUUGCAGACAAGAAAGUUAAAAAACAAGAAACCCACCCAGUGCUCACACCAUCAAGUCCGUUAUAGAGUGUACGACUGUAUUAACACGGAGGCCUGCCUGGCUACUUUUUUAACAUAUUGUUAAGUAAUAUUAAAAUCAUGUCUUUCUUUUUGAAAGAUGGAAUACAUUAGUACAGCGGGA